AUAAAGGAAUCAAAUGUUCUGUUUUCUGCACAGCGCACGUUCUCUCGAUCUCUGUGGUUAUUCUUCGUGACAUGGCAGAAGGCAGUAUUUCGUGGGCUCAGGGGCAGUUCAGCUGUUCAAUCUGUCUGGAUCUGCUGAAGAAUCCCGUGACCAUUCCCUGUGGACACAGUUACUGUAUGAGAUGCAUUACGUGCUACUGGGAUCAAGAUGAACAGAGAGGAGCGUACAGAUGCCCGCAGUGCAGAAAGACCUUCAAACAAAGACCCACUUUAUCUAAGAAUGUGGUGUUCGAUGAAAUGGUGCAGAAGUUGAAGAGGGUUGUGAGUCAAGAUGACGGAGAUGUGGAGUGUGACGUCUGCGCUGGAAUGAAACGAAGAGCCGUUAGGUCUUGUCUGGCGUGUGUGAGUUCCUACUGUGAAAAUCACCUUGAACAACAUGAGAAUCUCUUCAAAGGAAAGGGGCACAAUAUGAUUGAUGCCACUGGACGACUUCAGGAGAUGAUCUGCCACCAACACAAGAAGUUGCUGGAGGUUUUCUGUCGCACUGACAAGCAGUGUAUCUGUAUAUUGUGUGUAUCAGACAAACACAGAAACCAUGACACCGUACCAGCUGCGGCAGAAAUGACCAAGAUGCAGGGUCAUUUGGCAGAGCUGCAAAAGAAGUGCAAGCAGAUGAUCCAACAGAGCGAGCAGGAGCUUCAGAAGCUUAAAGAUGCUCAGGAGUGUCACGAGCGCUCUGCACAGACGGCACUGGAGAAGAACGAGAGGAUCUUUACUGAGCUGAUGUCAUUCAUCGAGAGACGCCGCUCUCAAGUGACACAGCUGAUCAGAGAUCAGCAGACGGCUGCAGUGAGUCGAGCUGAAGAACUCUCAGAGCGACUGAACCAGGAGAUUGAAGAUCUGAGGAGGAGAGACGCUGACCUCCAGCAACUUUCACAAACUAAUGAUCACAUUCAGCUCCUCCAGAGUUGCAGAUCUAUUUCUGUCUCCGGAUCUUCACAAUCACCCAGAAUCACUGUCAGUUCUCUUCUGUCUUUUGAUGACGUUGUGAAAUCUCUUGAUAAACUCAGAGACAAACUGCAGAAUUUCUGCAGCGAGGAAAUUCAAGUGAUAUCUGGAACAGUGAAAAAUAUUCAGAUAGUUGUCGGUCCUGUAAAUGAAAACCGGGAGGAAUAUCUCAGAUAUUUCAGUCGCUUCACUCUGGAUCUGAACACUGUGAAUAAAAACCUGCGUCUGUCCGAAGGGAACAGGGCGGUUACGGACACGGGCUCCACCCAUCAAUACCCUGAACAUCCGGACAGAUUUCACGGUUGGAAGCAGGUGUUGUGUAAAGAGAGUGUGAGAGACCACUCUUACUGUGAGAUUGAGCUGACGGGCAGUUAUGGAGUGUCUGUUUCAUUGGCGUAUAAGAGCAUUAGUCGAAAGGGAAUGGGUGAUGAGUGUAGAUUUGGAUAUAAUGAUCAGUCCUGGAGAUUAUUCUGCUCGCCCUCCAGAUUCUCAUUCUGUCAUAAUAAAAAAGAGACUAAUCUCCCUGUAGUGUCUAACUGCUCUAGAAUAGGAGUGUAUGUGGAUCACAAAGCAGGAGUUUUGGCUUUCUACGGCGUCUCUGACACGAUGACCCUCAUCCACAGAAUCCAGACCACAUUCACUAAACCUCUCCAUCUAGGACUUGCGUUAGGCAUGAACUCAAAAGUCAAACUGUGUCCUUUAUCAAACUAAAAGAUACACAUACUGCAAAUAAUGGCUCUUUAAUGUUUUUAUUCACAUUCUCAAAGUCAAUCUUGCAGCUGAAAAAUAAAAAAAUGUUACCGCAUGUGAUUUAAGCAUUGAUGUUGUGCUGUACCUUACAUUGUAAUAUGAAAAUGAAUAAAUAAAAUGUUUUGUGUAUUUUCC